CGAGUCCACUCCCUUAGUUCAGGUGCGGCAGGGGAGCAGGUGUGCGAGGCUUCACCGAGUGCCUUUUAAAGUCAGAUUUUCAUCUUUUUAAUUAGUUUUACCUUUUGGAAAGGAAAGGACUUUAUCCUAAAAACCAUUAAGGACCUUACUUUUACAACAAACUUGACUUUUGGAGUUUUCUAUUUUUUUAAGCAACAGGUAACACUCGCGACAGGUGGACGUCGUCUUUUUUUAUUUUAAAGGGGAAGAAAAGAAGCUAAAAUGGCCAACUCGGGUCUUCAGAUCUUGGGCUUCGCUCUGGCUCUCCUGGGUGUAAUUGCGCUGAUAGUCGGGACCAUUUUGCCCCAGUGGAAGAUGUCCGCCUUCGUUGGGUCCAACAUCAUCACGGCGAUCUCCAUGUACGAGGGGCUGUGGAUGUCCUGCGCCUUCCAGAGCACCGGGCAGAUGCAGUGCAAAGUGUACGACUCCAUCCUGCAGCUCAACAGUGCCCUCCAGGCAACACGAGCCCUCAUGAUUGUGAGCAUCAUCGCCUCUGUGGCUGGUAUGGGUGUAGCCACCAUGGGAAUGAAAUGCACUACCUGUGGAGGAGAUGACAAAGUGCGCAAGUCCCGCAUUGCUUUGACUGGUGGAAUCAUCAUUAUUAUUGGAUCUUUGUGUUCCCUCAUCGCCUGCUCUUGGUAUGCUAACGACAUCAUUCGAGCUUUCUACGACCCUUUCACUCCAGUCAAUACAAGAUACGAGUUCGGCGCUGCCAUAUUCAUCGCCUGGGCCGGAGCAUUCCUGACCUUAGUGGGAGGUGCCAUGCUGUCUGCAUCCUGCCCGAAAAAAACCAAAGCUGCACCACCCAAGUACCCCAUCUCAAACAGACCCCCGAGCAGCAACAAAGAGUUUGUUUGAUCAGGACCGGAAUAAGAUGCCAUUUGAAGGAACAUUUUGACCAUACUCAUCAGUUAAACCCAGAAAUUGAAAUAUUGAAGAUGUAUCCACAGAUAACAUAAAAUAUAUAUGUAUAUGGUGCAUUUUUAGUUUCUUCUACUACCAUCCUGUGAUGUUACUGUAAAAUCUAAACAUUCAAGAUUUUAAAUGCUGGCUUUUUACUUCAGAGCUUACUGAUCCUGCCAUGUUUGGAAAAGUCUGUGCUUUAUGCAAUCCAGAGUACUCGACACACAGCUGUAAAAGCACUAGGUUAAAUUAUGAUAAAUCAAUUUUUUUGUACAACGUUGUGUAGAAAGUGCUCUUCAUAUGUCAAAUGCUUUAGUGCAUUAGUUCUUGUACAGUUCUAACUAGUACUUGAGAUGUCUUGAUCAAUGGAAAUUAGUACCACUGCAUUUGUUUUUACUUAACAUGUAAGCAUGCCUGGAACAGGUUGCCAAUAUUUUUGCAGAGUUGUGAUUAGUGACAAAUGUUUGACCUGUGUUUUUUUUUUUUUUUUCGUUGUCAGUCUAUAAAGACCAUUUCGUCUGAAUGGCAUUGGCUUGUACUCAUAUUUUUUUAAUUUUGUUUAAACCUUUUUAAAAGUGAUGUAAAUAAAAUUUGAAAACCUGCCUUUUGAA